CCUUGCUCUGAUGCUGUGGCGCAGCCUCUCUGCUCUCCCCCCUCCAGUCUGUACGGCUGCUGCCUGCCUGUGCCUGCCUGCUCUGGGGCUCUCUCCAAGGCAGCCGUGUACACCUCUCUUGCCAGCCAGGACCCCGAUCAUCGUCAUCCACCCGGUGUCAGGAUGAGGAACCCGGCGGGGAGCUGCCUCUUCCUCCUGCCUUUGCUGCUGCCCAUCGCCUGGACCCAGGGAGACGGGAAGGAGGUGGAGAACACCGGCAAUUUUAUGGAGGAUGAGCAAUGGCUGUCCUCCAUCAACCAAUACAGCGGCAAGAAUGAUGGGGAGGACAGAUUCAAUGAAGAUGACUACAUCAAGAGUUGGGAGGACAACCAGGCAGGUGAUGAAGCCCUGGAUACCACGAAGGACCCUUGCCAAAAAGUGAAAUGCAGUCGGCAUAAGGUUUGCAUAGCUCAUGGCUACCAAAAAGCUAUGUGUAUAAGUCGCAAGAAGUUGGAACACAGAAUUAAGCAGCCCAGCUUGAAACUCCAUGGGAACAAAGACAACCUCUGUAAACCCUGUCAUGUGACUCAGCCUGCAUCAGUGUGCGGUACUGAUGGUCAUACGUACACCUCUGUGUGUAAACUGGAGCAGCAGGCAUGCCUGAGCAGCAAACAGCUGACUGUAAAGUGCCAAGGUGCUUGUCCAUGUCCAACAGAGAACUCUCCAACCAAGACUAUCACCACCACUACAGACAACAACAAACAGGGAGAGACAUGUACUGGUCAGGACCUGGCAGACCUUGGAGACCGUUUACGGGAUUGGUUUCAGCUGCUUCACGAGAACUCCAAGCAGAACAGUACAGCAGCUGCAGGAGUAAAACAAGUGAAUGUGUUAGACAAGACCUUAGUGGCCAGCUGCAAAGACUCAAUAGGAUGGAUGUUCUCCAAGUUGGACUCCAACAAUGACCUCUUUUUGGACCAAGCUGAGCUGGCAGCCAUCAACCUUGACAAGUAUGAAAUCUGCAUCCGGCCCUUCUUUAACUCCUGUGACACUUACAAGGAUGGGCGGGUGUCCACUGCUGAGUGGUGCUUCUGUUUCUGGAGAGAAAAGCCUCCAUGUCUUGCAGAACUUGAGAAAGUGCAGAUCCAAGAGGCUGCUAAGAAAAAACCUGGGGUCUUUAUUCCCAGCUGUGAUGAAGAUGGCUACUACAGAAAGAUGCAGUGUGAUCAGGCCAGUGGUGAGUGCUGGUGUGUGGAUCAGCAUGGAUCGGAGUUAACUGGCACAAGGAUACAUGGAAACCCAGACUGUGAUGAUGUGGUUGGGUUCUCCGGGGAUUUUGGCAGUGGUGUUGGUUGGGAAGAUGAAGAAGAGAAAGAGACAGAAGAUGCUGGGGAAGAGGCUGAAGAAGAAGAGGGUGAGACAGGAGAGGCAGAUGACGGAGGAUACAUUUGGUAGAACCUCAGCAGCACAGUCCUGUCUGGCCCUUGCAGCCAAGUUUGGAAGACUGCAGUAAAUAGUAAAGAGAUGCCACAGUGAUCAGGAAACACAGCUGAAUGUACAUUAUAUUUCAACAGAAAUUGUGUGUGUGAGCAUGCAAGUGUGCCUGUCGACUGACUGCUUUGAGAUUGCAGCUCAUUUCCUCCCCAUAAUAUAGAUGAGCUUUUCUACAGCAGACAAAAA